CUAUAAGACACAGUAUCAGCGCAUAUUAAUCAAUCAAUCAACCAACAAACCAACAGAUCGAGACACUUACACAGAAUCUCGCAUUGAGUCGUAUCAAGAAUCAGGCCAAAAUGACGACUCCAGUUUGGUUCAUUACCGGAAGCUCCAACGGCCUUGGCCUGCUUCUCAGCUUGCGAGUCUUGAAAGCAGGACACAGAGUCAUUGCAACUGUCCGAGACACAACAAGAUCAGCCGAUGCUAUCCGCCAAAUCGAAGAAGCUGGCGGAAAGAUCGUCACCAUUGAUCUGACUGAAUCCAAGGCUAGCAUUACCAAGAAAGUCCAAGAUGCAGAGAAGGCUUACGGGAGGAUCGACUUUCUGGUGAAUAACGCUGGAUACUCCGUCUUGGGAGGCAUCGAGCUCUUUACGGAGGCCGAGGCCGAACAUCAGAUCCAGACAAAUUUAUUUGGUCCUCUCUACACCAUUCAAGCUGCCCUCCCCGGAAUGAGAAGCCGGGGUUCCGGUACCAUCAUCAACAUUAGCAGUAUCGCCGGCCAAGAUGCUCAGCCCAGCUGCGGCCUCUACAGUGCCAGCAAGUUCGCUCUCGAAGGUCUAAGCGAGAGUCUGUCAAAGGAGGUCAAAGAGUUCGGUAUCAAUGUUUUGCUGGUUGAGCCCGGUGCGUUCCGUACAAAUUUCCUCGAAGCCAGCAUCAAGAGCAAUAUUUCUGGCGAAACGGCAUAUCAAGGAACGUUGUUGGAAGCAACACUCCAGAAGUUUGAGAAAGCAGCUGGAAAGCAACCUGGAGAUCCAAACAAGGCAGUGGACAUCAUCUUCGAGGUGGCCACUGGCGAGGGAGCGGCAGGUGAUUUGAAGGGAAAGGUUCUGAGAUUGCCAUUGGGCAAAGACUGCUUUGCUCGUCUGAAGACCAAGCUUGAGUUUCUUCAACAUGAUAUUGAAGCAACAAGAGAGAUUGGUAUCACGACUGACUUAGACGAGAAGUAGACUAGCAUAGCUCAAAUCAUAAGGUGGUCAACCAAGACGCUACAAAAAGACCAAUAUUUAUCACGACUACACACUAUCAAUAAUUUGC